CUUUUUUGCUGCACGUUGUGGUCGUUGUUAACGUCGUUUACUUUUAUGAAAAUUGUCAAAACAUAUAUUUUAUUGCUGAAGUUCUCUUUACAUAUAUUCAUUUGAAAUGUCCGAAAACACUUCCAGCUUGGUUCCAGCAAGGAACAUUUCAGAGAUCAAAAACAAGCAGCGCCGUACAGAAGAGUAUAUUAAGUUAAGAAGAGAGAAAAUAAAAUUAAAACGACAGAAGAAAAAGCAACUUCGUAAAGAUAUAGCAGCUGGCAAAGAUGUCGUCAAACAAGUUCCGAGAACUUUGGAAAACACGAGGGAACCCGAUGAAACGAUGGUCGACCCUCAAGAUCAGGAAGUCCUACUUGAUCAAGAUAACGACGAAUUUGCCUCCUAUUACAACCAAGAGGCUCCCCCAAAAGUCUUGAUCACAUGCAGUGAAAACCCCCACACUUGGACUAUUCGUUUCUGUCGUGAGCUGAAGUUAUUGAUACAAGAUUCAAUAUUUCUCUAUCGCCGGCAUGCGUCAUUGAAGAAACUAGUUGAAGAAGCCAAGUCUAGAGAAUUCACCAAUAUUGUUGUUGUGACUGAAGAUCGUCGUCAUCCUACAGGUAUGUUGGUAAUUCACUUGCCUGAAGGUCCUACAGCUUUCUUUCGAAUCAGCAGUGUCAAGUACUGCAAGAAUAUCAGGCGAAGAGGUGCUUACACUGCUCACAGGCCAGAAAUAGUACUGAACAACUUCAGAACUCGUCUUGGACUUUCAAUUGGUAGAAUGAUCACGUCUCUGUUCCAGUAUAACCCCGAGUUCCAUGGGAGGCGAGUUGUCACUUUCCAUAAUCAGCGAGAUUAUGUAUUCGUGCGCCAUCACAGGUACGAGUUCAAGAAUGAAUCGAAGGUUUCGUUGCAAGAGAUUGGUCCACGAUUCACACUUCGGUUGAGAAGUCUUCAGAAAAAUACGUUCGAUACGAAGUUCGGGGAGUAUGAAUGGAUUCUUAAACGGCAUGAAAUGGAAACAAGUCGCCGAAGAUUCUUUCUGUAAAUUUCGCUGGAGUUUAACAAUAAAUAUAUUUUACCUUGUUACUUAUGCUUUUGGGAUGUAUUUAAGCCUUUUAGAGGCAGUUGUGCUGCAAGGGAAGUUUUGUAUCUUAACCUGUCUGGUCAUGGUGCUUAUGUUAUUCAUACAGUACGCCAUUUGUUCA